CACGGCUGUGGCGAAGUGUUACGAUUGUGGUCUAGACCGUCGUAAUACGGGCCUAUCCUUGAUGUCUAUGCUGCAGAUGAUAGAAGACCGGUGACUGGUACCCUAUCGAAAAAGCGACUAAUCGAAUGAUAUUUACCUCUGUCUGUGAUAACAGUGUGUCAGAGUCUUAAACUGUGGUUUAGAAUGAUGUAAUAAAUGCAAUGCGUUUGUGGGUGGGGCCUGAAUGGCAGCAAUAAUUAAAGACACGGGGGAGCUAUGGACACGCCUGUUUGAUCAUAGGCCUUUUUUAAAUGGAGAGAUCAAAUUUGUUCUGAGAGAAUUUGAAGAGAAGAGAUCAGAUGGGGAAGUAGAAAAGCUGUUCAAAAUACUUGAGUGUGUAUCAGAGAUUAAAGACACUCAGAUUGAGAGAGUAAAAUUAGCUUCUGAUAUUCAUUUACCGAAUCUGAAUGGGAACCUGGAAGUAGCUGUGAGCAUGUGUAAUCGGAUUCUUGAGAAAGAACAAAAACAUCGUUCGGAUACAACAUUGGAAGCUAAGAGAGAAAUUCGAAAGGCUGAAUGGGAAAAUUUUAUAGAAGAUAUGGCUCAAAAAUGUGCUAAAGUUGAUACAACUUUCCAAGAAAAAGAACAAGAACUGAAGGACUUUUACGUAGACCUUGAGAAGAAGCUUCACAUAACAAAAUAA